UGAGGCCUCUUCCAUUUUCGCCUCCUUUCCUAUCACACUUUCUAGAUAGCCAUUAAGAUAUUUGUUGUAUAUCUUAUGGUUCGGGAUAGCUCUUGUACUGUAAGGUUUUCUUCCACAUGUUAUCGGUGAUGUUGAUCUUCAACCUCUUGCUUUCUUGAGCCUCAUAUCAAAUACCCUUCAGAUCCACCUACCUCUUCUCAUCAUUCUUCAUUUCCUACGUCACCAAAUCACUGCCAACCUUUGUUUUUCCUCUUUUUUGGAUUCAACAUCCAUUACCCUCAUAGCUAAUCUUCUGAUAUCCGUUUUCUAGCACCAAAGUUUGAAACUUUUCUACUCUGGGUUGGAGAGUUUGACUCUGUCUGAACAGAAAGUCACCAUUUUUUUCUUACCAAGUAGUAGCGAUUAGAAGUGCAUCUUAAAUGUCCAACAUCUUGUUGUUGAUGUUUGAGAUUCAUGUAUCCGAUUCUCAGUGAAAUCUUCCUUUCUGGGUGUAUGAUCAAUUCCACUGUUAGGCGCAGGACCCAUUUAGUUCAAUCCUUCUCAGUUGCCUUCCUCUACUGGCUUUAUUACGUUUCAUGAUUUUUAAUCCCCUUCAAGUUUAACACUAUCAUAUAAUUUUAUCUGCUAUUAUACAUAUUUCUGCAAUAAUUUUCUGAAUUUCUGUUUAGUGUCUGGGUCCUGCGUAGUGUCAAUCUUUGUUUUUAAUUAAAAGGGUCGUGCAAUAUCUCCUGUUUAAUCUCUCAUCAUGGCUUCCUCAAGCGGAACAUCUUCAGGGUCAUCUCAGCUUCAGAACUCUGGUUCAGAGGAGGGCUUGCAGGCGAUGAUGGAUCAGAGGAAGAGGAAGAGGAUGAUAUCAAAUCGUGAAUCGGCAAGGAGAUCUCGAAUGAGGAAACAGAAGCACUUGGAUGAUUUGGUUUCACAAGUGGCUCAGCUCAGAAAGGACAAUCAAGAGAUAAGCUCAAGCAUUAACAUCACCGCCCAACAGUACACGAGUGUUGAGGCUGAUAACUCAGUGCUGAGGGCUCAAGUUGGAGAGUUAAGCCACAGGUUAGAGUCUUUGAAUGAGAUCAUCAAGUUCUUAAAUGCUAGCAGUGGGGUUUUUGGAGCUGCAGGUACAUCAAGUACUUUCAUUGAGCCAACAGAUAGCUUCUUCAACCCAUUGAAUAUGGCCUAUAUGAACCAGCCGAUUAUGGCUUCUGCAGACAUAUUGCAUUACUGAGAGAAGAGAAGAGAAGAGAAGAGGGAUAUUGUUGAUUUCUUUUAUGUUUGAGUCUGUUGAGAUUGUAAUCACUACUAGAUGGGGAUAAGGAAUAAUGAAUGUGUAUUAUAAAGGUGCUGGUGCUAUGAAUGGGGCCUGUUUAGAGACUAGUAUGAAUUGAGACAUUGGCCACUGAUAACUAUUAUCUUGUCACCUUCUUCUGCUAUAUUAUAAUAAUAUUGACCUAGUUCUCUAUGUA